UUGCUUGUGGGCAACUGGAACACAUGGUAUGGGGAGCAGGACCAGACAGCACACUUGUGGUGAUUCUCAGGCGGCUACCCAGCCCUCAUGAACUGUAUGAACAAGCUCAGAAAUAACAAGGAGUAUCUGGAGUUCUGAAAGGAGCACAGCCAGAUGUUGCUGUCCCGGAGAAACCAGAUGCUCCUCGAGUUCAGCUUCUGGAAUGAACCACAGCCCAGAGCAGGUCCCAUCUAUGAGCUGAGGACAUACAAGCUUAAGCCAGGAACCAUGAUCAAGUGGGGUAACAACUGGGCUCUGGCCAUCAAGUACCAGCAGGAGAACCAGGAGGCAGUGGGUGGCUUCUUUUCACAGACUGGAGAGCUCCGUGUUGUGUACCAUCUCUGGGCCUAUAAAGACCUGCAGUCUUGGGAAGAGAAUAGAAAUGCUGCUUGGGGGAAGAGGGAUUGGGACCAAAAUGUCUACUACACAGUCCCCCUGGUGCGACACAUGGAUCAUGAUCCCUUUGAAAAUCUCGCCUCUUCAAUGAUGUUGCUGCUGCCUCCACCUCAUUCCCCUUCUCCCUCGGGGCAGCCAUGAACAGAGGAGCUCUCAGUUCCACUGUCUUGGUUCUCUCUCAGAUCUGGGAGGAUCUGGAGGGCUAGUGCUCAGCUCAGACAGUGGGGAGCUGAAGGAUGACAGGGUUCUAAGAACUUCUAACUCUGCCCAGAGACUUCCCACCUUCCCCACCCACUCCUUCCCCUGUGCUGGAAGCAGUCUUUAAUUUCUCUGAAUGAAGAACAGCAACCUUUUAUGUCUUCCCUGUAAGAUUCCUCAUCUGAAGCCCACCAGUCCCCAACUAUUACCAUGGAAAACCUCAGUUUGGCUUUAGUUGUUUGAAAUGUAGUGUGUCUAGUGGUUAGAGGUGGGGUGAGAAGGGAAGAGGUGAAACCAGACCUGGCUCUCAGGAAUUCCCUAGUCUCUACUGGGCCACCUGCUUGCUGAACAGUCUGAACCAAAGUCCUCCUGCUGGGAAAGAGCCUAGAAUUGCCACAAGAAGUAAAGGAAAACUCUCAAUUAGCAAAGGCAGCUGUAGGUCCACCUAAUUCACCUAGGAAGUCUGGGAAAGGGGAGCUGGAAAAGUUCUAGGGAUCAGGAAUCAGGAUGGAAAAGGAACAAGAAACCAGAACCAGGAACCCUGAAGGUAGAACAUAGAAUUCAGAACUUGGGUUUGAACUGCAAAAUUUGGAAUACAGAAUGGGA